UUUCUUUAAACCAUUCUAAAAUGCAGAUUUUUAUUUAUGCUGAUCGAACGUAUACUAUCGAAGUUGAAUAUCAUGAUACUGUUGCAAUUCUCAAAGAAAAAUUUUAUAAGAAAACAGGUAUUAAUUGUGAAAGACAAAGAUUAAGAUUAAUUCAUCGUUGCAAACAACUUGAAGAUACAAGAUCAUUAUCAGAAUAUAAUAUUAAUAAAGAAUCAACCGUUUAUUUGGUUCAUACGCUUCUUAGUUGUAAGAAAUGUCCCGGUCAGAAAUGAUUCAAUGUAUAUUGUUUAGAAAAAAGCAGAGAUAAACUCUAAUUUAAAUACGAAGAGCCGUGUUACGAAAUCUCUUUGUUCAUGUAUAUAUAUUUUUGUGUUUUAUAAUAAAAUUAUCCUUUUUAUAUCUUUACA